AUGGAGUGGAAAUUUGGUAUAAAUUAUGGCAAGCCAAGCAAUUGUUUUGGAUGUGCAAGUGCAGCUGUGGAACACUGUAUAACAUUGUUACGAGCUCUUGUCACCAACACCAACCUUAGACAUGUACUCUGUAGUCAGGGUAUGAUUCAGGAGUUGAUAGAUUUCAACCUUCGCCGAGGCACACUACACGUAAGAUCAGAGGUCAGAUCCCUGCUCUGCCUACUGACCAAAGACAACAGGCGUGAAACAGAGGAAAUGAACAACAUUAUAAUGACUCAUAUAUCAGCAGCAGACGAAGGACAUUUGUUCAACCCAGAUCUUGGUUCUUCUGUGAGACAUGAGAUACUGUUGCUGGCUAACUCCCUUAAACAGGAAGAUACAUGUUGGGAAUUCAGGGUGAGAUGUGUGAUGCGACUCUUCCUGAUGGGAAUGUCAGAAAUGCAGCUGAAACAACCGGUUAUUAUGGAAUGUGUGACAUUACCCUGUCUAAGGAUACUCGAACAUCUGAUUAGACCAGACAAGUCACAGAUAGCUAAGGAUGGUAGCCAGGAAGAACCCCCUGUCAGUGCAGUGAUGGCCUUGCCUCCUGAGUUACAUGUGAACAGUGCAGAGUGGUUGACUGGAAACCAGAAAUACUCGUACCAGAACUGGCAGAAAAUGUCUGCCAGUCCAACAAGCAGUGCAGCAGACGACACCAACAGCAGAGAAGAAAGGAGAAAUUACUGAGAAACCAUCGGAAAUAGAUAAAUUUGUUGAGAAGACUGAAGCUCGGGCUCGUUAUCUUCAGGAGAAAUAUGCCACUAGAUGGCGUACCAAGAUGUGGAAGGUUCCCGAUGUUCCAUUGGAGCUGACACAAACAACUUGGCUGCAGCAGGCUAUAUUCUCACCAUUGUCCCAGUCAGCAAGACAAGACAGCCAACAGGGUGAUUGAGUAUAUAGCACAGGUUCCAUCUAGGAAGAAAGAAAUUGAAGACAUGCUCACAGGGUGUUUGGAUCAGGUGGGCAAGGCUGGAGAAUGUGCCCAGGAGUUCCUAUCCCUCUAUGGUAGGAUUAUACAACCAACCCAUUGGAAACAUUACCUAGCUAUCAAGGGGGUGUUACUCAAACUUGGAGAUCUGUUCACCAAGAGUUACUGUCCCUGUUUGUUCAACAAAAGGAGAUAAAGCAGCACUACAAGAAUAGACUGGUUGGUUACGUCCUUAAUGGAUAUCUCUCACUGAAGAAACUUCUGUUGCAGAGAACUAAAUUGAUAGAUGAGACACAGGAUAAACUGUUAGAGCUCCUCGAGGAGCUUACUACAGGUACAGAGUCUGAGACAAUGGAAUUCAUGCAAGUGUGUGUACAGACUAUACAGAAAUAUCCACUAGAUGACAAAGUGUCACCUGUCUUCCUGUCUUCAUAUUUGAGCGACUAUGUAGCAUCAUCUGUUCAGAGGAGUAUGAUGUUGGUGAUUUGUUCACGAUCCUGGAGAAAAACCCACAAGCAAGAGGACGUCCUGCAGGGGAGAAUGCUGGGAAAUCCAUACAGCUCAAGCAAGGCAGGGCUCGGACCUCAUGAGGGAUGUGAAAAACAAAAUAUGUCAAGAUUGUGAGUUGGUUGCUCUCCUGGAAGACGACACUGGUAUGGAGGUA